AAUAUUUCGCUGAAGAUGUGUCUUCACGUAGGAGGAUAGUUUUGCAACUUGAUUACCUUCAUAUAGAUAAUAUAAAAACCCUCCUUUUACAAAAUACAAUUAUUAAUGUCUAGUGUUUAGUGCAGUAUCCUUCCAUGUAGCAAGACAUGAUCGCAGCAUGAGGAAGGCCUUUCUCUAUUUGUUAGUACCUCUGGUACUAACAUCAGCACAAUUUCAAUAUGAACAAUCACCAAAUGUAUCGACUGCUUUAAAAAGAAUCCGCCGUCAAGGGUAUCAAUACCCUAAACCUUCCGUCCCAUUCGAGGAAGGAAUUGCAAUAAAACCAAUUUACAAAGCACCGUCUACAACUCAGCGUCCCUACCAACCCGUUUCUGUAACGGUACCUGUCAGGCAACCAACUUAUAAACCCAUUCCAACUCAGCCACCCUCUUAUACGAUACGGCCGACUCAACCAACGUUUAGGCCGCAACCAUCUCCAAGCACAACAUUUAGACCAACGACAAUUUACAAAUCUCCGUCGGUCUCAACGACAUUUGGUUAUAGUUAUCCGAGACCUUCCACUUCUAUAGAAAUUAAAAGUACGACAAGGGCUCCGGUUACGCAACGUCCUUUUACUUUUACAACUCCGGCGUAUAAACCACAACCUACAACACCGUCCCGAAUCUCAUACACGCCAGUACAAACCCAACGGCCCUCAACUCAACCGCCGUUUAAAUUUCAACCCACUUCACCACCGUCUCCACCAGUUCAAACUGGAUACAGUUAUCCACGUCCUUCGAUUCCUUUUGAAAUAAGUACUACUCCGAAACCAUUUACUCAACCGCCUUACCGGCCGCAACCGACACAACCGCCGUUUAAACCACAACCCACACAGCCUCCGUACCGACCCCAGCCUACACAACCACCGUUGAGGACUCAGCCUACACAGCCUCCAUACAGACCUCAGCCUACGCAACCACCGUUUAGACCGCAACCUACCCAGCCGCCGUUUAAACCACAACCGACACAGCCGCCGUUUAGGCCACAACCUACUCAGCCUCCUUUGAGACCUCAGCCUACUCAACCCCCAUAUAAACCUCAACCUACGCAGCCCCCAUACAGACCACAACCUACCCAACCUCCCUACAGACCUCAGCCUACGCAGCCACCAUAUAGACCACAACCUACUCAGCCUCCAUUAAGGACUCAGCCUACCCAACCUCCAUUUAGACCUCAACCUACUCAACCUCCAUUCAGACCUCAACCCACUCAACCGCCCUUCAGACCUCAACCCACUCAGCCUCCUUUUAGACCUCAGCCUACGCAGCCCCCAUACAGACCACAACCUACUCAGCCUCCAUUAAGGACUCAGCCUACCCAACCUCCAUAUAGACCACAACCUACUCAGCCUCCUUUCAGACCUCAGCCUACUCAACCUCCAUAUAGACCUCAGCCUACGCAACCACCGUUUAGACCACAACCUACUCAGCCUCCAUUUAGACCACAGCCUCAAGGUGGAUAUGAAUAUCCUCGUCCUUCUAAGCCAUUUAUAGAACCACAACCUACUAGCCCACCAAAAGUACCUGUUUAUAGACCUCCUCCACCCCCUUCUCCACCACCUCGACCUCCAACACCUCCUCCAACAAGACCUCCAGUAUAUACACCUCCACCAACCCCAAAAUCUCCAGUAUAUACUCCACCUUCUCCAAAACCACCAAAUAAACCAACUUAUCUACCACCUCCACCACCUCCUCCGCCAUCUCGGCCACCACCACCUCCAUCACCAAAACCCCCAGUAUACAGACCACCACCACCACCACCUCCACCAAAACCUCCCGUGUACAGACCGCCUCCGCCUCCACCACCACCACCUCGUACACCUGCACCUAGACUGCCACCCCCACCACCCCCAAGACCUCCAGUAAGUAAACCCACUUAUUUACCACCUCCUCCGCCAACUAGACCACCACCUCCAAGACCUCCAGUAUAUACACCUCCACCGCCGCCACCACCUAAACCACCAGUCUAUAGACCACCACCACCGCCCCCCCCAAAACCCCCAGUAUAUACACCACCACCAGUACCAAAACUGCCACCAAGCAAACCAACAUACUUACCACCUCCACCGCCAACUCGGCCACCACCACCACCGCCGCCGCCACCACCAACUAGGCCUCCACCUCCACCACCAAGACCUCCAGUAUACACACCGGCCCCAUCUCCCAAAUUCCCGGUUUAUACUCCACCCCCCACAAGACCACCAACAAGCAAACCCACAUACCUGCCACCACCACCGCCGCCUCCGCCAUCUAGACCACCACCGCCGCCACCGGUAUACAGACCAACACCGCCACCACCAAGACCUCCAGUAUACACACCGGCCCCAUCUCCCAAAAUUCCGGUUUAUACUCCACCCCCAACAAGACCACCAAUAAGCAAACCCACAUAUUUGCCGCCACCGCCACCGCCUCCGCCAUCUAGGCCACCACCGCCACCGGUAUACAGACCAACACCGCCACCACCAAGACCUCCAGUAUACACACCUGCCCCAUCUCCCAAAAUUCCGGUUUAUACUCCACCCCCAACAAGACCACCAAUAAGCAAACCCACAUAUUUGCCGCCACCACCACCGCCUCCGCCAUCUAGGCCUCCACCGCCGUCACCGGUAUACAGACCAACACCGCCACCACCAAAACCCCCAGUUUAUACACCUGCCCCAUCUCCCAAAAUUCCGGUUUAUACUCCACCCCCAACAAGACCACCAAUAAGCAAACCCACAUAUUUGCCGCCACCACCACCGCCUCCGCCAUCUAGGCCUCCACCGCCGCCACCGGUAUAUAAACCAACGCCGCCACCACCGAAACCUCCAGUUUACGUCCCGCCUUCGCCAAAACCGCCAGUACCCUCACUGCCACCACCACCACCAAGACCUCCAACAACGCCGCCCCCAGUCAAAGUCUAUACUCCAUCAAGAACAUCGCAAGUAUUCGUCCCGACCAAACCACCAAUCAGCGACCGACAAUACUUACCACCCAAAAGUGAUGGAUAUUUUUACCCAAAACCAGCUGUCCCUUUCGUUUUUUAGAAACCAACUUUUUGCAUAGUAAUUUGUAAUUGUACUUAUGUAAAUAUUUAGGUAGCAUUAUUUUAUUAUAAGUAAUUAUUCUAGGGUAGGUACUUUUAUACGUUAUGUUGUCGAUGAUGAAACCUUUUCUAGUAUUUAGUUAUUGUCUAGUUUGUAAGUAUAGUUGAAUUCACUAGUACUUUAUAAGAUACAAAACUUAAAAACACUGUCAGAUUUCAGUCUAUACCGUGUAUAGUAAAAUACUGACAUUUUUGUAAAUACCUGCAAGUAUUUAACACUUUACCUAAGAUUUAAGACUUAUUAAUGGUACAUUUGGUAACAACAUUUUAUGUCGCAAGAUUUUUAGUAAGUUGCUGUACAAUUUUCUUUUUAAAUAAACAAUUACAUGAAAUA